AUGUUUAAGAACCCAUUUAAACGGAGUAAAUCAAUGGCAACUGAGCAGAAUCAAGAAGCCCAAGAUAUUCAAAACGAGCAAGCCGAACAGCAAACUCAGGCUGAAAAUGAACAGGUUGAAGUUACCGUUGAAGCUUUACAGGCUCAAAUCAGUCAUCUUGAAGAGAGCUUAAAACUCGAAAAAGCACGUACUGCAAAUGCAGUUUAUGAAGCACAAAAAAGUGUAGAACGUAUUCAACGUGAUGCUGAAAAGCAUAAAGACAUUGUGUUAGAAAAGUUUGCGAAAGAAUUAUUAAAUUCUGUCGACAACCUUGAACGUGCAAUUCUUGCAGGUGGUGAUGAAGAAACACCUGUACUCGAAGGCGUAAAACUGACUUUGAAAUCACUUCUCACCACUUUAGAAAAAUUCGGUGUUGUUGAAGCAGACACAACCAAUGGUUUUAACGCUGACUUACAUCAAGCUGUCGGGAUCGACCCAAAUGCACAAGCCAACCAAAUUGGCACAGUUUUGCAAAAAGGCUACACCUUAAAUGGUCGACUACUUCGCCCUGCAAUGGUGAUGGUUGGUACAACGAAUUCAUGUGUUGCUGUACUUGAAGGCGAUAAAGUUAAAGUGAUUGAAAAUGCUGAAGGUACCCGUACAACACCUUCUAUCGUUGCAUAUAAAGAUGGCGAAAUUCUUGUGGGUCAAUCUGCUAAACGUCAAGCAGUGACCAACCCUAAGAAUACAUUAUUCGCAAUCAAGCGUUUAAUUGGUCGUAAGUAUCAAGACCAAGCAGUACAAAAAGAUAUCGGUAUUGCACCAUUCAAAAUCAUCAAAGCUGAUAAUGGUGAUGCUUGGGUUGAAGUAAACGACAAAAAACUUGCGCCGCAACAGAUCUCUGCAGAAAUUUUGAAAAAAAUGAAAAAAACUGCGGAAGAUUAUUUAGGUGAAACAGUAACAGAAGCUGUUAUUACAGUUCCUGCUUACUUCAAUGAUGCACAACGUCAAGCAACAAAAGAUGCUGGUCGUAUUGCUGGUCUAGAAGUUAAACGUAUCAUUAACGAACCAACUGCUGCUGCACUUGCGUUCGGUAUGGACAAAAAAGAAGGCGACCGUAAAGUUGCUGUAUAUGACUUAGGUGGUGGUACAUUUGACGUAUCAAUCAUUGAAAUCGCUGACUUAGAUGGCGACCAACAAAUCGAAGUAUUGUCAACCAAUGGUGAUACAUUCCUUGGUGGUGAAGACUUUGAUAAUGCAUUGAUCGACUAUUUGGUUGAAGAGUUCAAGAAAGAGCAAAACUUCAACUUGAAACAAGAUCCACUUGCAUUACAACGUUUAAAAGAAGCAGCUGAAAAAGCUAAAAUUGAGCUUUCUUCAUCUAAUUCGACUGAAAUUAACUUGCCAUACAUCACUGCGGAUGCAACUGGUCCUAAACACUUAGUGAUGAAUGUAACACGUGCCAAACUAGAAGGUUUAGUUGCUGAUUUAGUUGCGCGUACAAUUGAGCCUUGCCGUAUCGCACUUAAAGAUGCAGGUCUUUCGACUUCUGACAUCUCUGACGUGAUCUUGGUUGGUGGUCAAUCACGUAUGCCAAUGGUUCAACAGAAAGUACAAGAGUUCUUUGGUAAAGAACCUCGUAAAGAUGUGAACCCGGAUGAAGCUGUUGCAAUUGGUGCUGCAAUUCAAGGUGCGGUAUUGUCUGGUGACAAAACUGACGUACUUUUACUUGACGUAACACCAUUAACACUUGGUAUCGAAACCAUGGGUGGCGUAUUAACUGCAAUUAUUGAGAAAAACACCACGAUUCCUGCGAAGAAAUCUCAAGUGUUUUCUACAGCAGCAGAUAACCAACCAGCGGUAGAUAUUUCAGUUUACCAAGGUGAACGUAAAAUGGCUCAACAAAACAAAUUGUUGGGUAACUUCCAAUUAGGCGACAUUCCACCUGCGCCACGUGGUGUGCCACAAAUUGAAGUAUCGUUCGACAUCAAUGCUGAUGGUAUUUUAAAAGUAUCAGCAAAAGACAAGAGCACUGGUAAAGAACAAUCGAUCCAGAUCAAAGCAAACUCUGGUUUGUCUGAUGCUGAAAUCGAAGCAAUGAUCAAAGAUGCUGAAGCAAAUGCUGAAGAAGAUCGUAAGUUUGAAGAGCUUGCAAAAGCACGUAACGAAGCUGAUGCUUUAGUUGCUUCUGCAAACAAAGCUGUGAAAGAUCUUGGCGAACAAGUCACUGCUGAUGAAAAAACUGCAAUUGAAGCAGCAGUUUCUGAGUUAGAAGUGACUGCAAAAGAAAAUGAUGUUGAUGCAAUUAAAGCUAAAACUGAAGCUUUACAAAACAUCAUUAUGCCGAUCACUCAACGUGCUUAUGAAGCAGCUCAAGGUCAAGGCGGCGCUGAAGGCUUCGAUCCUAACCAAUUCGGUGGUGAUGCAGGCCAACAACAGCAAAAAGCUGAUGAUGGCGUUGUAGAUGCUGAAUUCACUGAAGUUAAAGAUGACAAAAAAUAA